CACCCAGGCGACCCGUCAAUCCUCCUGUAGCCCCGCCCCCAUUGCCCGCUAUAACGCCGUAACCCCGGAGCGGAGUCCCGCUCGACUGACGGUGCAAACAUGGCGGAGGUGGAGCUGCCGGCUGAGGCCGAGCUGGACGAGCUGCUUCGGAUUGAUCCGUACCUGGCGCAGUACGUCGGGGAGCUGCGGAGGAGGUACAAUAAUUUUAACAAUUUGCUGAAACAAAUUGUUGCAAAUGAAGGAAGUCUUGACAAGUUUUCUCGUGGCUAUGAAUCUUUCGGUGUCAACCAACUGCCUAAUGGUGGAAUUUAUUGCAAGGAAUGGAUCCCUGGAGCAAAAUCGGUGUCUCUUGUUGGAGAAUUCAAUGAAUGGAACGUUUCUUCCCAUCAUUAUAAACAAUUGCCAUUUGGAAAAUGGGAGUUGUACAUCCCUCCCAAAGCUGAUGGUUCAUCCCCUAUACUGCACGGAUCCAAGCUAAAGGUGGUGAUUGGGGACAGUACUGGUCAGCAGCUUUACCGCAUCUCUCCCUGGGCAAGAUAUGUCACCCGCCAGGUGAACUCCAGGAUCUACGAGUGGGUGCACUGGCAGCCACCCCACCGAUACAUGCUCCGGCAUCCUCGUCCCCCAAGACCAAAGAGUGUACGAAUCUAUGAAGCUCAUGUUGGCAUUGCAUCUCCUGAAGGAACGAUAGCGACGUACAGGAAUUUCACACAGAAUGUCCUGGCCCAUAUCAAGAAUCUGGGUUACAACUGUAUCCAGCUAAUGGCCAUCAUGGAACACGCCUACUAUGCUAGCUUUGGAUAUCAAGUGACCAGUUUCUUUGCUGCAUCCAGCCGCUACGGGACUCCAGAUGAGCUGAAGCUGCUGGUUGACACAGCGCACUCGAUGGGAUUGCUGGUGCUCCUUGACAUUGUCCACAGCCAUGCAUCGACAAACACAGAGGACGGGCUGAACCUUUUUGACGGCACUGAUUCCUGCUUCUUCCAUACAGGGAACCGGGGCACUCACAGCCUGUGGGACAGUCGGCUCUUCAACUAUUCCAACUGGGAGGUUCUGCGCUUCCUGCUCUCCAACCUCCGCUGGUGGGUCGAGGAGUAUGGUUUUGAUGGGUUCCGAUUCGACGGGGUGACAUCCAUGUUAUACCACCAUCAUGGCAUUGCUGUCAGUUUCUCUGGAGACUACGGUGAAUACUUUGGUCUACAAGUUGAUGAGGAAGCCUUGGCCUACCUGACCCUGUCGAACUACAUGUUACACAACUUCUACCCUGACUUUAUCAGUAUUGCAGAGGAUGUGUCAGGAAUGCCCACACUCUGCCGACCGGUCACGGAAGGGGGCGCAGGGUUUGACUUCCGUUUGGCGAUGGCCAUUCCCGAUAAGUGGAUUCAGAUCCUUAAAGAACUAAAAGAUGAGGACUGGAACAUGGGCAACAUUGUGCACACACUCACCAACCGGCGGUACGGAGAGAAGGCCAUAGCCUACGCCGAGAGCCAUGACCAGGCUCUGGUUGGGGACAAGACCUUGGCGUUUUGGCUGAUGGAUGCAGAGAUGUAUACCAACAUGAGUGUUAUAACUCCCUUGACACCAGUAAUAAACCGUGGAAUCCAGUUACACAAGAUGAUCCGACUGAUCACACACACUCUGGGAGGCGAGGGCUAUCUGAACUUCAUUGGUAAUGAAUUUGGUCACCCCGAGUGGCUGGACUUCCCACGAAAGGGGAACAACGAGAGUUACCACUAUGCCAGGCGCCAGUUUGACCUGCUGAAUGAUCACCUGUUGCGUUACAACCAACUCAACACCUUCGACAGAGACAUGAACCACCUGGAGGAGAAGUACGGCUGGCUGGCAGCGCCACCGGCCUACGUCAGUGAGAACCAUGAAGAAAACAAGGUCAUCGCCUUUGAGCGUGCAAAUUUGCUCUUUGUUUUCAACUUCAACCACGAGAAAAGUUUUCCUGACUACAGAGUUGGAAUCGAUCUACCUGGGAAGUAUAAGAUCGUACUGGACAGUGACGCUGCUGAUUAUGGAGGUCACAGCCGAUUGAACCAUGACACCGAGUUCUUCACAGAACCACAACCCCAGAACAACCGGCCCAACUCUCUGCUGGUUUAUAUUCCCAGCCGGACGGCCAUCAUCCUCGCUCGGGUGGACUCCCCCCAGUGAUCAGGAGCACAGGGAGAAUGGAGCAAAAUCCGGACACGUUACCCCUCCUGCCACAAGUUCACACACACAUUAACCCUUGCCUGUUUGAGAUUUGUCAUUAAAUAUCUGUGGUAAACUGAACAUGUUCCAAUGAGGGUCUGCGUCCACCUUGUUCCGGAGGCUGAGGGACAGAUUCUAGAGCGAAUCACUCCCUGAGAGGGAACCCUCACCACCUCAUCGCAGAAGGGCAAUUCUGAAGGAGUGUAUCAGCUAUUUCCGCCCUGGGGAAAAUGCCUCUGGCUAUCCACUCAAUGUUGGCCUCUCAUCAUUUUGAUCACAUCGGUCAAGUCUCCUCUCAUUCUCCUUUGCUCCAAAAAGAAAAGCCCCAGCUCACUCAACCUAUGUUCAUAAGACAUGUUCUCUAAUCCAGGCAGCAUCCUGGUAAUUCUCUUCUGCACUCUCUCUAAAGCUUCCACACCCUUCCUAUAAUGUUGGCGGAGGAAUGGGAACCAGAGAGGGUGGGGUAGUUGGUGUACAGAUAGGUGCAGCUUAUAAAGAGUAGGCUGGAGUUCAAAAUCAAAAGGACCAGCACUUUGCAAAUAGUGUUUGAAAGGUCUCCUUGUCAUCAGUGGGCCAGAUUACUGAGAAAUCACCUCAUUAUUCCCCAAUCCUAAAACAUACCAGUUAUUCGGCCAUUAUAAAUUGUCUUGGGAUUAGGCUAGGGUUAAAAGACAGGGAGAUGUAGUGGGUUGUGGGUGGCACAACUCACUGGGCUGUAAGGACCUGUUCCAUACACUAAAUAAAUAGAUUAGAUUGGGCUCAAGCAAUCUCGGGCCAUUCUCAGGAGCAAAGGAGAAUGAGAAGUGACUUGACAGAAGUGUGCAAGGUGAUGAGAAGCAUAGAUUGAGUGGACAAUCAAACUUUUUUUUUUCCAGAGCACCACCAGAGAUGGUCAGAAUAAGGACCCUGGACUUCCCGUUGUUUUCUGGAGAUGAGUGAACCUGCCUCAUCAACCGCACUGCACUGAUGCCCAAGGGUGGCGCUCCUCGGGAGCAGCAAAGCCAGCUGCUGUCCUUUGCCACCAUCCUCCCCACAUUUACCAGCUGGAUAAAGCUUCAUACACAUCUCCUCCAUUAAAAUUCGGACCCAGCAACUCACAACAACACUGUUCUUUCACAAAUACUCAGCCCACAUGGUGCCAGCAUCUACUUGGGCAGAGGAAUGUCAGGGAGAAAACCUAUCCUCAAACUCACUGGCUGUAAAUCUUACUCAAUGUUUCAGUCAGAAACAGGAAAUCAUUUAAAAAGUAUCUGUUAAAAAUUCUGCUUAAAAAUACUUUAAAGGGAUUAAUGCUCAAAAUAUAGUUUGCUAAAAGUGUUGACACGGGUAGGGGGAUGAAGAACACAUUUGGCACAUUUGCCUUCAUUAGUUGGGGCGCUGAGUACAGUUCAGAUUCAAUUUAAGAUUAUUGUCAUUCAACCAUAUACAUGUGUACUGCCAAUGAAAUGAUGUUCCUCCAGACCCAGGUUCACAACACAGUACAUAUAACUCACACACAUAACACAUACAAGUAAUAUUACCACAAAUUCAUUAAGAAAUAAGGUAUAUUUUUGACACAAGCUAAAAAGUAAACAGUAUAACGCUACUGGUGGCACUUCAUAUGUGAUGACCUAGGUAAUGGCAGGGGGUUCCGUUGUCUCACGGCCUGGGGGAAGAAGCAGUUUUCACCCUAACAGUUCUUGUCCUAAUGCCUUGGUACCUCCUGCCUGAUGGUAAGGCGUCAAAGAGACUGUGGGACCAAUGGGAGGGAUCAUUGACAACACUAAGGGCCCUGUGCAGGCAGUGCUCCUGAGAAAUAUCUCUAAUGGUUGGAAGAGAAACCCCAAUGAUCUCCUCACAAUUCUUUGUAGUGUUUUGUGGUCAGAAGCCUUGCAAUUCCCAACACAAGCAGCGUUGCAGCUGGUCAGGACACUCCAUGGUGCAGGAGUUGGGACUUUACGUUACAACUGUACAAGUCAUUGGUGAGAGCGCAUGGAGUAUUGAGGGGGAGGCCAGGUAGUCUAUGGCUUGUUACCUCUCGGUGAAAGAAGCUGGGGGUGCGACCAUAUAACAUCAUGAGGGGCAUAGAUAAAGUGGAGAAAAUUUACGAGGAUGAUGCUGGGUCUGGAGGACCUGAGCUAUAAGGUAAGAUUGAAUAUGUUAGGAUUGUACACCUUGGAACGUAGAAGAUUAAGAGGAGAUUGGAUAGAGAUAUACAUGGGUGUUACUCUGGCUGGCCAUCAGUGUGCCGUGGGUUGGUACUGGGUAUACAUUAUUGACCGUGAUAUACUGUACAUUAACGAUCUGGAAGUGGGGACCGAGUGUACCGUCUCUGAGUUUGCUGAUGCCACUAAAUUGAAUAGAAAAGCAAAUUGUGAAGAAGAUACGGAGAGUCUGCAGAGAGAUAGAGAUAGGUUCAGUGAGUCAGCAAGGGUCUGGCAGAUGGAAUGCAUAGAAAACCUACAGCACAAUACAGGCCCUUCAGCCCACAAUGCUGUGCCGAACAUUUACUUAUUUUAGAAAUUACCUAGUGUUAUCCAUAGCCCUCCUUUUUUCUAAGUUCCUUGUACCUAUCCAAGGGUCUCUUAAAAGAUCCAAUCGUAUUCACCUCCACCACUAUUACCAGCAGCCCAUUCCAUGCACUCACCACUCUCUGCGUAAAAAAAACUUAGCCCUGACAUCUCCUCUGUACCUACUCCCCAGCACCUUAACCUCUGACGAAGGGUCUCAGCCCGAAACAUCAACAGUGCUUCUUAUAGAUGCUGCCUGGCCUGCUGUGUUCCACCAGCAUUUUGUGUGCGAUGUUUGAAUUUCCAGCAUCUUCAGAUUUCCUCGUGUUUGCACCUUAAACCUGUGUCCUCUUGUGGCAACCAUUUCAGCCCUGGGAAAAAGCCUCUGACUAUCCACACCACCAAUGCUUCUCAUCACCUUAUACACCUCUAUCAGGUCGCCACUCAUCCUCCGUCACUUCAAGGAGAAAAGGCUGAGUUCACUCAACCUAUUCUCAUAAGGCAUGCUCUCCAAUCCAGGCAAUAUCCUUGUAAGUCUCCUCUGCACCCUUUCUAUGGCUUCCACAUCCUUCCUAUAGUGAGGUGACCAGAAAUGAGUACAGUACUCCAAGUGGGGUCUGACCAGGGUCCUAUGUAGCUGCAACGUUACCUCUCGGCUCCUAAAUUCAUUCCCACGAUUGAUGAAGGCCCAAUACACCGUACGACUUCUUAACCACAGAGUCAACCUGUGCAGCUGUUUUGAGCGUCCUAUGGACUCGAACCCCAAGAUCCCUCUGAUCGUCCAUGCUGCCAGCAGUCUUAUCAUUAAUACUAUUGUGGUGAACUACAUAUACCUGUCUGGACACCCCCCCCCCCCCCCCCCCCCGCUGACUGCUCCUGUGGCUCCUCCCACAGACCCCGGUAUAAAGGCGAUUGAGGCCUGAGCCCUGCCCUCAGUCUCCAGGAUGUAGUAUGGUGGUCAAUUGCUGCUUGUUCUUUCUUCCAGUCAAUAAAAGCCUAUAUCUCA